UCAGUGACAGGUGCCCGUAGCUGCCCUGGCUUCAAACAUUUACCAACUUUAGACGGCUACUGAGUGAACACUGAAGUAAAUAAUACCACAAACACUUGUAAAGAAGUUAUGGCAGGAACAGGCGGUCUGUCGAAGCUGGACGUUGGUGUAUUAAGUCCUGAGCAGCAGGAGAAACUGCGACAUUUCAAGAUUAAGACGAGAAUCGACAAUGAGAAGUAUUUGAGAUCCCAUCCAGAGGUAGAGGUACUGAUAGGCGACUUUCUCAGAGAGGUGCUUCUUAAAAGGCCUGUGGACAUCCGCGAGUUUGCUGCAGAUCACUUCACCAACCCAAACCUUCAUGAGGUUAUUGGCUCCAAAAUGGAAGGAAACAUGGACUAAAACACAUCCAACAGAUGCUGUGCUCUCCUUUGUGUCUUUCUCUGUACAGAGCAACAGUUUGUAUGUAUGGACUCUAUUUUAGUAGCAACAAAGACACAAAUACAUUAACGUCAGCCCACUACUGUUCAGUUGAUAACAUUACUGUCAGAUCUCCUAUCAUACGCACACAGGAAGCCAGCUAAUAGGGAAGAUGGUAACCGCUGUUCCUAAUUGGCAUGAUUAAAGGAUAAUGAGAAGAGGAUGUCCUGUGGGUAUUAUGUGUACAGCACACUGUGCUGUUUGUCACAUCAUGUUGUCACAUCACCAACAUGAUUGUGAAGGGAUUUGCUGAGGGCUGGAGUUUGUGUUUAUGGCUUGCAACUACGUCUUCUACCAGAACUGUCAGUAUUUGUUAUCUGCAUAGUGGGCCCAGUUGCUGUAGUCUGCACUGAUCUGGACACGGACCAGUCGAGAUAUGAUAUUUACUCUAUUUACUUAUUUCAUGAUGACGCUACAAACAGUUUUUCUCUCUUUCUCCUCCUCUCACAUUCCUUCCCUGGUGUCAUUUUUCCAUAUCCUGUUCUCUUUUUAAAAACAUUUUUGUGCUAUUGGAAAAUUGGAUUCACAUUUAUGUGUGUGAAGGAAAAAUUAUAGACUGCAAAAACAUAUAUAAAGGUGAAAAUGUCACAGACUUUACUGACUUUGAAUUUCUAGAGAUAAAUGUGUUUUUUUUUUCAUUCCAUAUUGUGUUUGUUGGAUUUAGUAUCUGUCAGCCAUUUCAGCUGCACCUUAACCCAGAUUACUUUUGCAAUGGCCUUAACAUUCAAAUGUGCUCGGGGUCACUGAUCUGUACUCAAAAGAUGUUUAUGUUUGCCUCCAUGGGGUGUGUGACUAGAGCUUCUGUUUUGUGGUUAUCUUCCUUUAUUUGUUACUUAGCUUUUAGUUCCAUAAUUGUAUUUUAUCAGCCCAUCCAUCCAAACGACGUACGAUCUGAUGAAUAAUCAUGACAUCCUAUUAUAUAAGCUUAAAAAUAAAUAUACAAUUGCUCUAUCGUC